AUGGAUUAUUCUUCCUCCCCCAUCCCCCAAAUUUCGAUCUCUCUCGCCCCGCCAGAAGUUCCUCCAAUUGAACCAUCUUCCCCAUUUUCCUCUCUCGCCUUCAACACUAUUCAGGACGAUGACGGCUUUAGGGCCGUUCACUUAACCCCUCCCCCGACUAUAUCCAGCUUUAAACGUGUUCUCUCUCCUCGUUCCCCUUUAAACCCAGAUCCUGCCAAACAAUCGAAAGGAUUGGACAAUGACAGAUUCCAGGCUUUGUUGAAUGCGACUAAAGAAAGGUCUGCCUAUAGUGGCGGAAAGAAAGAUGUGGAUUUGCGCAAAGAGAUUGCGCUCAAGGUUCAUAAGAACAAGCAAUUGGAAAGACGUGCCCUUUUCCUAUCCAAAGUCCAAGCACCUCCUUCUCCAACCGCCACAGUUACCCCAAAGACACCUCCCGAGUCACCUGCUAUUUUUCAUUAUAGCCUUCCAUCCCCUGGCUUGGUUUCUCCCCUAGCCUUAUUCGAGUCCUUGAAUGAGGACCGAGGUGCUGUCCCACAUACUUGGAUAGAACAGGUUGACUUCAGAUUGCCAGAGGAACAAUCCAAGCAGUCGAAAUACGAGAAAGUCGGACCACCUCGUGCAUUACCUUCACUCGACCAGAUUUCGGCACGCCUCAUUUCACGCCACGGUAAAGCAGACCCGUUAGGACACCAUGAUGCAACACCUAUCAUCACCGUUUCUCGGCCAAGGCCUUCCGUUGGAGUCGGUAGGCUGAGAAUGCCAAUACGCGCACAGCCUGCAGCCCCCAUAGAGCAAAAACCACAGCCUGUGUUGCCUCCCAAGUCACCACUACAGCUUGACCCGGAGCUGCGCGUGACCACACUCGUUGUUCCACGAACUUCUACCACAUAUCGCGCCGUUGAACUUACAGAGACCAACCUCAAUGCCCUCAACUCUAGAGGUCAAACGGCCCAUAAUAUGUUAUCUACUCUCAGACGACGUACUUUGUCCACUGAGAGCAAGGCAGCUGCUCCUAACCCAGGAGAUGCUGAGGCUCAACUUAAAUGGAGACGGCGCAGCGCUCCCCCUGACAUGAUGCAACAAUCGCGUGCCCGUACUGGAUUCGAACAUCCAGUGCUGGCUCUUCCCGGAGGAUUCUGA